AUGAGACUUAGUGCCGAAACACAACAUUUAUUGGCUAGUAUUGAAGAUCGGACAGAUAUUGAUUGGAUGGAUAUCAUAUCGGGUUUACAAACAAAACUCAUUACUGAAGCGAUCGGUGAGAAUGCGACAGAAGAUGAAGUUCAACAUGGUUUGAGAAUCAUCCGAAGUGCUCAACAAUUAUAUGCCAAUGAUGAUGAAUUUCGUACAUUAUCUCUUUACGUUCGAUAUAAUCGUGCUCGAGUGGGUGAUUUAACAAUGGGUGAUCGAGCAAUUGACAUUGAUCUAUUGAAUAUGGAUGUGCCACAAUUGAAUGAACUGAUGGAUUAUUAUCAAGGUCGUGCGGAUAUCGUCACUGUAUACAUUGAAGAAGCUCAUGCAACUGAUGAAUGGCCAAUUGGUAGUCGUAUAUGUUAUCUGCAACCGAAAUCAGAUGCUGAUCGAAUUCGUAUUGCCGAUGAUUUUAUAAAAUCAACGGGAUAUCGCAUUCUAUUGUUGAUUGAUCCUGUUUCACGAAAUAAUCCAUUCAGUCAAGUCUAUGCUCCAUGGCCGAUUCGAUUCUAUGUGAUCGAUCAAAUGAAGAACCUCUCAUAUAUUGCUCAACCAAUUCAAGGUUCAUUUCCAUUGGAAUUCAUCAGAAAUGCAUUAGAUCAAGCUAUUGUACAACAGUCAUAG